UUAUUUCCAACGAGAGGAUCAGAAGGCUUGUGCCCACCACACAUCUACCUUCGUCUUAUCCACAGGCUUCCUUCUCAUACUUAGCACCCUUACGCUUCUCAAUCUGCAAAUUCAGGAAGAAGCACAGAAAGCAAGCAAGGCACCCAUCAGUUCUUACUAAGAGAUGGCGACCGCCUCUGCGACGGCAUCUCAGGCACUGCUUACUUGCAGCAGGGUUUGCAGCAGCUCUGCUAAGAGGAAGGGCACCCGGGUGAACUACAUUGGUGGCAUCAGUCCUUUUGGAGGAUUGAAGGCUGAGAAUCAGAUCAGCUGCCUGGGGCUGCCCGUCUGCACCCAAAAGGCUUUCGCGAUGGUGCUUGACUCCACGAAAGCCAAAGGAAGAAGCGGUGGUGGGGCUCUUUCAUCAACCUGCAAUGCUGUUUCUGAGAUCUUCCGAAUUGCUGCAAUCAUGAAUGGCCUUGUUCUGGUCGGCGUGGCGGUGGGUUUCAUUCUUCUCCGAGUGGAAGCGUCACUUGAAGAAGAGUAAUGAAACAAAUUGCAAGAAAGCUAUUAUUUUCAUGGAAGUUUGCUGUUGAUCCACUCCCAUUUUGGUUUCUUUGCCUAUAAAUAGUUUUUGAUUUA